GGUGAAAGAAAAGGAACAAAUAAAUACUAUCCUCCAGAUUUUGAUCCAGCCAAGCAUGGGUCUCUCAAUGGCUACCAUAAAACCCACGCUCUGCGGGAGAGGGCCAGAAAACUGUCCCAGGGCAUCCUCAUUAUCAGGUUUGAAAUGCCCUACAACAUCUGGUGUGAUGGCUGCAAGAAUCACAUUGGAAUGGGGGUACGCUACAAUGCUGAGAAGAAAAAAGUGGGGAACUACUACUCCACGCCAAUCUAUAGAUUUAGGAUGAAGUGCCACCUGUGUGUCAACUAUAUUGAGAUGCAGACGGAUCCAGCAACUUGUGACUAUCUUAUCGUAAGUGGAGCAAGCAGGAAGGAGGAACGCUGGGACAUGGCUGAAAACGAGCAGAUCCUCACAACGGAACGGGCAGAAAAGGAGAAGCUGGAGACGGAUGCAAUGUAUAAACUGGACCACUCUGGGAAAGACAAGGAGAAACUUAAGAGGGCUCUACCCUCUCUAUCAGAGAUCCAGGACUAUCAGUCAGGCUGGAAAGAUGACUUUCAGCUCAACAGCACCCUCCGCCGGAAAUUCAGAACAGAGAAAAAAGUUCAGGCUGAGCAGGAGGAGAAGGACAAUGCUGUGCGUAUGAGAACCAACCUUUCUAUACCACUACUGCCAGAGAAGGAAGAGGACAAGAAAUUGGCUGCCCUACUCACCUACCAGGCACCUGACUCGUAUGAGGACAAACAGCACAGCAAACGGAAAGAGAUCUCCUCACGUUCCUGGUUUAACUCCACGCCAUCAGGAGGUGCAGCAGGCAGUCUGCUCCACAAACUCAGCCUGCAGGGGAAGGAGGCAGCACUGUCCAAAGCCCUGGGAUCCUCACACAGCCCUUUAAUCCGCAAAAGAGCAGGAGGAUCUGGAAAUAAAACCGAACACUGUGCCACAAUAACACGGCAGAAGUCCCACCCUGAUGUCAACACAUGUGACGACGAUGAGCAGAGGGUGACACAGACACAGGAAGCCCCACAUACGGAAAGAAGUCGAGGAUGUGAGCGAUUUGCUGAGACAAAUGGCAGUGAUGUUAAGGGCCUGCGUGCCGAAACCACAGAAGAAACUGAAAAAAGACUGAUAAACGCAGUGGACGAGGGGAAGCAUCGGGGGAAAUGUUCAGCAGGAGUCACAUCUUUGGUGGCAGACUACAGCGACUCAGAUUCAGACGCUGGACAAUAA